AUCAGCUUUGCUUUGCAGUUUCUGCUCCAUAAAAGAUAAACUGUAAUUUUUCCCACAGCUGCUUGUCUAUACUAGCAAAUAUGAGAUAAGAGAAACUCUGAUUUUCAGAAGUUCCUAAAUAUGUUUUAAUACUCAGAUUUGAUAUUUUAAUUCUGGUUUGUGCCCUCUAACAGGCUCGGCAGUGGAUUUAGCUAGGAUGUUGUCUAAAACCACUUACGAUCUCUUGCACUGGAAAUGGGGAACCAUUAGUAACUUUCUUUACAAAUGCUCUGGUAUUGACACCCCUGAGCUGGUGAACGAGAAAGUCAUCUCCUUGGUUGAUGCUGGCAUAGCCAUAAACUGUGCUUACCCCCUGGUUCUCCGCCCGGACAGGAAAGUGAAACUGAUCCUCUCCUUUGACUAUGGGCCUUUCGAUCCAUUUCAGACACUCAAGCAAGCUGCCAAAUACUGUGAAGAAAACUGCAUCCCGUUUCCUAAGGUGGAUGAGAAAUUGCUCCAAGACCCAGAUAACCCAUCCGACUGCUACAUCUUCAGAGGAGAGGGUGCUCCUACCGUCAUGCAUUUCCCACUUUUCAACAAAGUGAAUUGCCCAG